AUGUAAAGUUCGAGCAAGCAAAUCGGAUACAGCUACUGUCUAAUAUAAUCUGAAUAUAUUAUACACAUCCGAGUGUUGAAUUCAGCGAAAGGCAGACAGUCGUAGAGCCAGCCUUGAUCGAAAUAAAACACAAACGCGAGGGAAGAAGGAAAAGGCAAGAAAAAAGGAAACAUAAAACGACAUGUGAAAAAAAUACAGUUAGAAAGCUGCUGAGUUCUAUACAACGGUAGCGAUCGGGGACAACUACUCCAACUGAGAGUAGCGACGGUAUCCAAGACGUGAAAAAAUGUCCAACGCGACACACCAGCCACGAGUCAAAAUUUGGCUUGUUGAGCCGUGGACAGGCAAAACACCGACACGGCCCUCUUCAAAUAACAUGAAUAUUUUGGAGGGAUGCUUAAAAAUUCUGUUUCUUCAAGUUAUUACCCGCUAGAGGUCUCACAAGGGACGCCUGGUUUUAAAGUCGAAAGAAGCAGCGGGGCAAUGAAUAAGCUUAUUCAGUAUUUAUUAUUUGCUGUAGUUCUUGUGACAUUCAUUGCGAAUAUUCUUUUUAUUAUGGAAACCACUUUUCAAAUGAGGGAAAACGUUCAAAUUAUCAAUAGAGGAAUCCCAGUGAAUGUUCCCGAGUCUGCAGUACGUCAAGACAAAGGGAGUGUUGUAGGGGAGCAAAGAAAAGAAGAGUCAUCAAGAAACAAGAUCUCACCAGGGACAUUAAAUAUAGAAGUCUAUUCAAGUAAACAGAACAUUACUAUCUCCGUAAACGAGAAAAAGGAUGAAGCAUCGCUGACGUUAAAGAGAAUGGCCCGCAAUAUGAUGAAAUCUCUUGGGAGUUUCUAUAUUGGAAGCCUACGCUGGAGGGACACCUGGGCCUUCGUGACGCAGAAGACAGGUCACGGGGGGCGUGCCCUGGCUGAGGGGUUCCAGAAAUGCCCCAAGUCGCAGGACUCAUGGGCUAGCCCUGUGCUGCUCAGAACGACCUUCACAGCAGAAACGACAGACAACACGAGGUGUGACUGGGAGGACAGCGAGGCAAGCAGAAGGAGGAGGGAAUUUUGUGACAAAUACGAGGGCUAUAAAGGCGUCUGUAAAUGCGUAGAGCCGUCAAUCAUCGACAUGGACCCGCCGACUCUCGAGGGCGGUGGAAGGGUCAAGCUACCCAUAGCAGUGAUGGCGAGUAGGAGGCCACAUUACCUGUUCAGAAUGCUGAAAACCCUGCACGGAGUCGUGGGGCUAGACCCUUCUAUGGUCACUGUUUUCAUCGAUGGGUUCUACGACGAGCCCGCGUCGAUAGCCAAGCUAUUCAACUUGAGGGUUGACGCGCAUGCGCCAAUUAGCAAGUUAAACUCAAGGAUUGCUCAGCAUUACAAAAAGAGCUUGACCACAUCGUUCGCGAGGUUUCCUGAUGCGCAGUACCUGGUGAUACUUGAAGAAGAUCUGGAUAUCUCAGUCGACAUCCUCACCUACUUCCAGCAAAUGCUACCGAUCCUGGAAACGGACGAAAGCUUGUUCUGUAUCUCUGCCUGGAAUGACCAGGGAUACGAACACUCCUCACACGACCCGUCCAUGAUGUACCGCCUAGAGACUAUGCCAGGCUUAGGGUGGGUGUUGAGUCGCAAGAUCUACAAGGGAGAGCUGGAGGCUAAGUGGCCCAAGCCAGACGUGUUUUGGGACUGGGACAUGUGGACGAGGUCCCCGGACCAGCUUAAAGGCCGCGAGUGUAUCAUUCCUGACGUGUCAAGGACUUACCACUUUGGCGCCAAAGGGCUGAACAUGAACCCGUACUUCCAAGACGCCUACUUCACCAAGCACGCAUUCAACAGGCAACCCAACGUCAAAUUUAACGCGGAAAUCAUGCGCAAAGACAAUUACGAGAAAGAGAUACAUCGACUGAUAACGUCGGCAACCCUAUUAGACCACGACACCACUCCCUGUGCUAACCCGAAAUCCUUCGUCCCGGAUACGAAGGAGAAGACAUAUGUGUUCUAUAUCGCGAUGAAACAGCACGGAGACUGGAAAACGUGGAAUAACGUGGCAAGGUGCUUCAGGAUGUGGGACUUGGACGUACGCGGAUUUCACAAAAGCAUGUUCAGAUUUUGGAUUAAAGAGAAUCAUAUCAUCGUGGUGGGCUGUCCGUCAUCUCCGUACUGUGUACAUAAGCCCGCAAAUAUAAGUCCCAUCAGUAUGCUGAAGACAGAAAAAAGGCCUGCAGACGACUGAAUGGAGCGAUAUCUACGGAAUACUUUUCAAAUUAAUUGAAAACCCAUUUUGGUUAAAACCUGAUGAUGCAAUACAAAUGAUGGUUACUGGAACCAAGCGAAACGUAGGCGAGGGAAGUAGACUGCGGUGAUUCAUCAAACAAGGGGGGAAGGAAGGUGUACUAACAAUCAGGAACGGCCUUAGACAACGGCCUCGGACAAAAACGUAUUCCGGCGAAAGAUUUUCCAGCAACUUCUUUUACCUAUUUGUAUAAUCUUGUGCUUUUGGUCAUACGCAAGCGCCGAUCCGCGCAUCCGGUGAAACAUACUUGUUGCUGCUCAUUGCAAGAUGGCGGGUGAUACGUAGAACACUACAGUGUUUGUUAUCAGUCAAUUCGAAACAAAUUUUCUUUUUAUGUUUUAUUGCACAGAAUCGCUCACAGCGAAAUGACAUUCAUUUUUGUCUUUUAUCGCUAUCCCGAUUGAUUCAUGAAAAUAUAAUAAUAAAGAAUCGAUCCUGUUUGAUUUUGGUCAAACAUUUUUGACGUUAUGUUUUUGAUCAACUAGGAUGGCCAAUAACGGCACACUUUUUGUAAUAAAGAAGAAUUUUCGUUUUAUCAAAGCUUGCGUGUGAAAGGUCUUUCUUAGAUUUUGGCUGUAUUCUAUUUCUAAAGCGCCAUAUUUUGCGAUUCUAAAAGAAAGUCAAAAUUGAAUUUCAGAUCUGGUAACAUUUAAAGGGAUCUUCAUUGUAAACAAUAAUAGCAACCAAGGGUGACGGAGCAGUUUGUAAAACUAUUUUUUUGGCAAAGGCUACGAUGAUUUUAUAACAAAGUACGUGAGCUUUUUUUAUUACAAAGUGCGUCGUUACAGCGUGUGAGACUCUACACGUCAAAUCGAUUAAUUAAUGAUUUUUGAACGCUAUAUUUAGGUUUGAGACCCCCACACCCGAUGCCUGUGCCAAGGAAAAUGUGAUGCUCCUAAGAAAUUCUAGUUUGAGUAGCUUACGAGAGGUUUAAUAACAGCAUUUUAUAUAACCUAAGAACACAAAACAUCUUAGAUUGUGUGCAUAUAGCUUGCUUUUGUUGUUCUGGGCACAAAAAAUGUGAUAUGCACGUGCGUGACUAAACAAAGAAAAACAAUGUCGACCUAGGUA